AUGGUGGCCAGCAAUGUAUACAAUAAAGAGCAUACAAGCAAAGAAGUUGAGACAGAGACACAAGUAUUUGAAAUAGAAAAUAAAAAACUGCAGCAAUAUUGGCAGUUUGCUUCGACAACAGCAUUAAUUAAAGCUCAAACGCGAAAAGCCUUGAAGUUCCUGCCGAAAAUUGAGCAAAUUGUAUUUCAACAAUGCGCAUCAGAUGCGAAAACCGUGGUGGAAUUAUCGAAAUGCGCAGUGCGCGUGUUUGACGCAAAACUCAGCUCAAGCAUUGAAUCACCUCCAAAUCCAUCAACUCCUCAGAUAUUGAAAAUUGAGAAGAUUCGAGUAUCACCGGCGGAAAUUGUUAUGGAGAGGCCCAGCAAUAGCUCGGAGUAUUAUUAUAGCUCAAUGAAGCAGCAAUGGAUUCGAAAUCCGAUUCGAAGGCAAAAGAUCAGGCGUAGGUUGAAGCGAAGGGAUGAGAUGAUGGAAGCUUAUGAAAAGUUUCUCGAAGAGCAGAGAGCUCUCAAAAAAGCAGAAGAUUUGAAUAGGAAAAGGAAUGAAGUGAAAGAGUUAACUAGCAAAGUCUCUAGGAACUUAUUCGGGUUACCAAGGCAUAUGAAGAUUCCGGAAAGAAAGAGAAGAGAAAUAAAAGAUAUGUUCAGUUCGGCACACUUUGACUUCCCAAAAUUGGCAACCAAGUACUUGGGACAAUUUGUCGGCGGAAACAACGUUCCACAUAACCAUCUCGACAACAUUCGACGCUUUCGCAAUCAUUUUCAGCGCGUUGAAAAGUGUAACGGCUAUUUCAAACUCAUGAACGAUGAAAACAAAAAAAUUUUUGAUAAAUUGAAUCUCGGAAUUAACAGUCGUCCUCCAAUAUUGGAUGAUCAGCGUUCGGCUAUCGAUGAAAUUUUGGAAAUAAUUAACGAGUUCACGAGUAGCGAAUUUGCCAAACAAAACAAAUUUUCUUUCCUUUCACCGCGAAUACUAUCCAUAAUGCCUGAAGGUCAGCGAAAGAAUCGACUACUGUCGCCGACCAUAUUUUCGUUUCAUCGCGAUGGUUUCUUUUCGCUUCCCGAUCUUUUCGAAAUCGUUUCCUCCAAUCAGCGAUAUCAACAGCUGAUGCUUGAAGCUGUUCUUGAUUUGAGUGGCGCCGGUUCGGCUAUUGAGGCGUUGCUUGAAAAGAUGGAACCGAGCAUGAAGUUCAUGGAAGAGGUGCAAUACCCAUUGGUUCAAAAAAUGAGCCGUGAGGAUAUCCGAUGGCUCAAAACCCGACAGAUGUUCACCGAUGAGCAAUGGCGCGAAUAUGAAGACUACGGUGUAGUUCACCUGACCAAAGAACAAUUGGAAAUGCUUUAUGAUGAUGAAUCCAAACAAUUUUCGUCUGUCACCGAUUUGAGCAUUGAGGAACGAGAUGAAAGGAUUGAAGCCGAUAUUCGUAAAUUGGCAGCAUUGGGAAGACCUAAAUGGCCGUUUUGGGACAAUAAUAAACGUGUGAAACGAGCUGGAGGCAGCGGAUCGGCUAGUGUGAAUAUUCCUAAUUAUCCUUAUGGGGAAUUUAUAAAUGGUGUCGAAUUUAUGACCCUUAAGCCUUACGCGUUUGCGAACCUAAUUAAUUUUGGUGUCUCGAUGGAAGCUGCAAUUUUGUCACCACACGCAUUCAUAUCAGAAAUUAUGAGGCCAGAAGCAUUGAAACUUGACCUUCUAUCACCACGAGCUUUUGUCGCAACAGUAUUGUCCCCAUCAGCUCUGAUUGCCCGCAUUCUCUCCCCAACCGCUUUCAGAGCUGAAGUGCUUUCGCCUCGAGCUUUGACAGCUUGGGUGCUGUCGCCGGAAGCAUUGGUCGCCGAAGUUUUAUCCCCAAGAUUUCUUGAGCCUAGAGUUCUUUCACCGGAAGCAAUGGUGAUCGACGUUUUGAGCCCUGGAAUCCUAUCGCCACAUGUAGCGUCGUUCGAGGCGCUUGGAGUGAUCAUUUUGAGUCCGAAUAUUUUAUCGCCCCGUAUCGCAAGUGAAGAAAAAUUUAUUGUAGAGGUUUUAUCACCGCAUAUUCUUGGCGGACCGCAUAGUGUAGAAGAAAAGGAACAUGACGUUGCUGGAGGUGACAUUGCUUACAUUUGCCCUCCUUUCCUUUCAUUUCUGAAACACUCGCAUUACAAAGCUCAAGAUACAAAUGUCCAAGAGCAAACCUAG